GUCCUGUAUAUUGCAUAUCUAAUAGGGUUGAUGCUGUGCGGGAGCCGAACCCAGCUGAUUUUUGGGCAAGAGGUUCUCCCUGGACUGGUUGCCAUACAACCAACCAUUCAUACUCACGUUCUCACCUAAGAAUAAUUUAGAGGCUUUAACAAACUUACCACACAUGUUUUAAGAAUGUGGGAGGAAGAGAACCCCACACAACGCAGGGAGCAAGAACCACACAGGAAGGCUAGAACUGCAUUUGUCAUUGCAAUAAUAUUUUUAAUUCCUAUCAUCUAUUACCUGUUAAUGGAGCUCCAUGAAAGAAAAUUAAAUUGUAUAAUUUUUGGAGUGAGAUUAAUAGAAGUUGGCCUUCACAAUAGGUGCCAUUGGCUUCUGGACAUAGUGAACUUUUGGUUUGGGCAAAGUGUCCAUUGGGAUUGCACAUGCAUUUAUUUUAAUGCAUUUUCAACUCUCACAUAGUUACUCAAAUGACAUUAUGUAUCGCUGGAGAUCGACAUCGUUUGCCCAUACACAAGAAAAUGAAAACGCAUGUGCAGCAUUAAUGCAAUGAUUUUGCGGUUAAUUUGGAAUUGAAAUCAGUGAUUGCUAUUCGGGCCUCUCCUCGAACAACUUUUGCACGCGUAGCGGUACUUUGACUUUAUGGACAGUCCCUAAACUCCCCGUGAUACGUUCGUGAACCUCCCUGGCCGGUAAGUGUUGCGGAGGGAUAAGGUCGUUUCGAGUCGAGCAUUGGGAGUGACAAAAUACCAAGUAGCAGUUGUCCUCAGCGGUGCCCACCUGCAACAGUAUCACCGAGUGUGGACCAGCAACCCGCCAGAACGGUCAGACAACCGAGAUGCAUAACCCAAAAGCAAAGGAAUUCGAAGCGCCGCUGUGACGCCGAACACAAUAAUCUCUAAUUUUCUGGAUUUUUUUUUAAAUGCCAAGACAAGAGCGCACAGAGAACAAUGUCUUUUUUGAUGAAAAAGAAGAAGUUCAAGUUUCAAGUGCAUUUUACAUUAGAGGAGCUUACGGCAGUACCUGUUGUCAACGGAGUGCUGUUCUGUAAGAUCCGGUUGAUCGAUGGUGGGGACUUUGCCAUUUUGUCAUCCAGGGAGGAGGUGCAAGAGAAUUGUGUCCGAUGGGGGAAGAAAUUCUCCUUUGUGUGUAAAAUGAGCGCUAAUCCAGUCACAGGCAUAUUGGAACCCUGCAUCUGUAGGGUUUCUGUACGCAAGGAGCUUAAAGGAGGAAAGGCCUUUUCAAAGCUUGGUUUUGCUGAUCUGAACAUUGCAGAAUUUGCGGGCUCUGGUUCCACAGUUCGCUGUUGCAUCCUGGAGGGCUAUGACACAAAAAAUACCCGCCAGGACAACUCAAUACUCAAGGUAAUGAUUGGGAUGGCGCUCCUGUCUGGAGAUCCAUGCUUUAAAAUGCCUCCCAGCACAGCAAAAUCUGUCUCGGACAGAGAUGAGGAUCCCACCCUGCAGCUGGACUGUAAGGGUGAUAGCACUGAUGUCAAAAUACAACCACUCAGCACAAUUUUGGAGGGACCUUGUGCUUUUAAACCUAGACAGACAUCAAUUCGGAGCUUAGGACAGCCUGAUGAGGGCAAUGUCUCCAACCCAGAUGAGGUCUUUCACACUGGUCAUUUCCGCAACUCCAGCUUUGCCAGCCAGCACAGCAAGAUAUCAGGUUACAGCACAGGUCACUCUCGCUCCUCCAGCCUGACUGAUCUCAGUCACCAUCGAAACACCUCUAACAGCAGCAAUGCUUCAUGUGGGUUUGGACUGCCAUAUCCCUCCACCCCAACACAACUGCAUCAGCAAGGAACUCCCACCAAACCAGAAAGGCCUCCACUACCCUCCGUAGCUGCCAUCAUGUCUAAUAGAUCAUCCAGAAGGAAGAAUGACAUGAUGGAGAAGCAGCAUAGCUGUGUUGAUGAUACCCGCAUUGAUGCUGAUGACAUUGUGGAAAAGAUUGUUCGUAGUCAGAAUUUUUCAGACAAAAGCAACAAUGAAGACAGCAACUUGCAAUUGUUUGUCAGCAAAGACGGGACCACAACACUCAGUGGGGCACAACUCUCCAACAGAGUAACACCUGGUGUCUUUGAAGCUGUGGUCAUUGCGACGCAUUGAAUGAUGCAACAUCACGUCUGCAGCAGGAUGAGCUACAUCAGGAUUCUCAAGCAUCAGAUUGUAUGUGACUGUGUGUACAAGUACUGUAUGUGCAAAUCUGUAGUGGUACAUGCCGCUGCCAUUCUUGGCGACAGUGCAGGUUGGUUCGAUUCCAUGUCCCAAACCUGAAUUAAAAAAAAAAAAAACAGCUACGUAUGAUAUACAACAGCAUAGUGAUGUCUUGGUUAGCACGUCCCCAAUAAGGACAAGCAGUGUAAAUCUUGUCUUUAUAUAAUUACGUAAAGAAAGGUUAUUAAGUACAAGAGCCUGAUGAGCCUUGUUGAAUGUCAAGGAGUUACAGUAUCCUUGAUUGUGAAACAUUUAUAGCAAUAAUUAAAUUUUUCUUUUGAAUAGACUAUUUAUUUAACACUACGCAAAUCUAACUCAAAUCAAAUAUAAUAAGCUUUCAAGGCUGUACAAUAGUUAAACACAUUUUAUUUAAGCUAAUUUAGGGUAAAUCAGUUAUAAUUUCUUCACUAAUUUGUUUUAAAUGACAUCGAAAUCAACAAAUUACUUGAACUUUUCACUUAGUAGAACACUGACAAAAUGAUGACUUAUGCUUUUUCAGACUUCUAGGAGUUUAUACACACCUAAGAUUUAUAUGUACAAUAAUUUGCGAUACAUAAUUUUAACACUGAGCCUAUUUAAAAAAACGGAUCAAAUGAAUCCUAUAUAAGGAACUAAAAGCAGAUAUCAAAUCAGGCAAGAUUAGGUAGUAUGUUGUAGGUAGUAAUGUCCAUACAACUGGCCUCAAAGCUUCUGUUCGGUUCUAUAUUGUUACGUGAUCCGUGCUCCAAUUUUGCACACAUCUAAGAGAAUUGUUAGAACCUCUUAAAGGCAAUGGACAUUACAGUAUAAAUGGCAAACAUGUUUUUUUCCUUUUAUUCAAAUGUCUUUUUUUCAAAGGAUCAUAUGGCGGGCCAUAUGUAUCUCUGUACUAUAUCUAAAUGCUCUUUUAACGUUAUGUUUUCAUUCUUUUUAAAUGAAACCAGCAAAUUACUAAACGGUUCACAGGUCACAAUUUUGUUUAGAUAAUGUUCAAAUGUGUGUUCACAUACAAAACGACUUGUGAUCUCAACAUUGACAAUGCAUUUCUAGCCAAUGUAAUGUAAAGUGUAGCUUGACAAGGCCAUCUAGAGUAAAGACGAGACAAACUGCUCCUCUAUCAUUUCAACCUUAGUCACUUUAAUAUAAUAUACAUGAUAAACACUAAUAGAACUCACUUGCAUUCAGCGAGGUGUCCACUAUUUUUGGUUGAGGUUGCCUUGCACUGAGCUAGGGAAAAUGAGAGGUGUCGAGGCUCAUCAGAACAAUAAGACGCCAAUGAAUUUGUGCCCCAUUUCAGUGCAAUUUACAUAAAACCACUCCUAUUUUCGAUGGCUUGCGCAUAGUAUUUGUGCACACAUUUGAAUUUUUUUCUUAUGACUACAGUAAUUUCACAACAAACUCAACUUGAAUUUACAUUGCACUUUCAUCUCUUGACAGUUUGAGUCUGAGUGACGCGAUAUGUUGGGGGAUGCUACUCAUUGAUUAUGUAACAAGAAAAUCCAUUUUGUUUUUGAACUGUUUGUGAAAAUUCUGCUCUUGUCAAAUUGUGUAUGGAGCUGCAGUAACGCCCGUCCCAUGGCUGGGACACCACAAAGCCUUCAAUGUGCCAAGACUGUCAGUGUAAACAAUGGACCCUCCCUCCACUGGACACAUUUGUGUUUGCUGACAGUAUUGCUGUGUUAGUGUAUGUCAGUAUGCGUGUGUAAUACAGUACAUCCCAUGCAUGCAGGCCAUGUCUGUCUGUAAGUGUUUGGCUUGCUUCUAAUGGGGGAAAUAUGAUCAGCAAUAGACUUUAAUCAGAUACUGCUAAGGAUUUGUUAGAAAAACAAAUGAGAGAAAAACACUACAGAUGCAUUUAUGUACUUCAACUAUUAAUUAUUGUACAGUGGGCUUCUGUAGCCAUUAUAAAUUUGGAAUAUGAAUACAUUCCAUUAGAGAAUUAUCUCUGUUGUAUUUUCAGAUCAGCAGGCUGCUCGCUCUCGCUCUCUCUCGCUCUGUCAAUUGAGAGAUGGAAAGACAAAUAAGGAUUUCAAUAUUUACAAUCUGAGGGAAAACUUGUUUUUUGGAUGAAUUGUCUUUAAUUCUCUCUUCUGAUAUUCGCUUUCCUCUGCACUUGGCUGUGUAUACCCCUGUAAUAUGAUUUACUUUUUCACAACCAUUGAAGGUUUCGUUGGGGUAAAAUAACAUUUGGAAAUAAAUAACAUCAAUGAUGUAAUGUUGUUGGUUGUGACCCUAUUUGUGCCUGAUUGAAUUUUAAUUAAAGACCAGUCUCUUUUA